AUGAACUACUUCAACUCCUUCCCCGAGGGCUCGGCGCUUUGGUCUCAGUGUCGCGAAGGGGCCCGCAACCUCUCUACUACACACGCCAUCGAAGGUAACUGCUUCGUGAUUUUGUCGUCUUCCUUUUACACCCAGACUGGCGUGGAUCGCCAGAAGCUCGGCGAUGGAAAGCUUUACCACAUCGGCGGUGGCGGCUGCGCUUGCAUUAUCGCACCCGAUGGUCGGAAGCUCACAGAAGAUCUCGGGGAGGAAGAAGAGGGUCUUGUGAUUGCCGACAUUGAUCUGGAUGAAAUCAUGAAAGUCAAGGCUAUGCUAGAUGUUCACGGACACUACAGCCGACCCGAUCUCUUGUGGUUAGGCGUAGACUCGCGCGAGAAGAAACAGGUUCGCAGAGACGCUGAGCUGCUUGGCGCUUGA